AUGGCAGUCGCCUCAUCCGCUGCGACUACGACGGCGAUCGCUUCACGGGGAGCGUCCGUCGCAUCACGGGGCCUUUCCCGCGCCGCCACCUCCAUAGAAGCCACUCAGGCAGCCCUGCUGGCCGCAAACAACGCCGCUACUCACGGCGCGCACGCUUCGGGCUCUUUCACCUGCCUGCAAUGGUCGUCGACUCUCAGAAGCCAAUCGCAACGGGCAAGUCCCUUCUCUAGUUCAUCUUUCUUCUCAGGCGGUCUUUCUCGGGACUCGUUGUUAUCAUCGCACCCAAGCGGAGCUGCGACGCGUCUCGCGUCUACCUUUUCCGCGCACGCGUCUUCUUCCGACUCCUCCGCGAGCGCAAGCCCUAUCGGUUCCGCCUCUGCCCCCCGCUCCGCUGUCGCUGGCGCAACUCCCGCCGUCCGCCAGGGUGCAGUGCUGCCGACAUCGGAGUACACUCUUGAUGAGUCUUCUGAAUCCUCGUCGUCCGAUUCCGAAUCCGACGGCUCUGGUUCACGCGCGCUUGAGGCGCUGUACCAGGCCCGCGCCAAGAGCGGAUCAUCUGCGGGUUCAGGGGUUGGGCGGGAGUUUCCUCGGGGUUUAACAUCCGAUUCGGAAGCGGAGGUUUUUGAUAGCGAGGAUGAGGGGAGCAGCGACGAGGAGGGAGAGGUGGUGCUGGUUGACGUGUCCGAUACUGACGUGGACAGGGAUGAGCUAGCGAUCGAGAGCCUCGGCCUCGCGACAAUUCUUGAGCAGUCGCUGCUGAAGCGAGGAAUCGCACGGCUCUUCCCCAUUCAGCACGCGGUGCUGGCUCCGUCGAUGGAGGGGCGCGACAUCAUCGCGCGCGCCAAGACGGGCACGGGGAAGACGUUGGCGUUCGGCAUUCCCAUCCUGGAGCGCAUCACGCGCGAGAUCGAGGAGAACAACGGCAGGCGCCCGUUCCGCGCGCCCCGCUGCCUGGUCCUCGCGCCGACGCGCGAGCUAGCCAAGCAGGUGGAGCGCGAGUUCUGCGAGUCCGCGCCGAACCUCUCCACGGCGUGCGUGUACGGCGGCGUCUCAAUCGAAGCGCAGAUGCGCCAGCUCAAGCGCGGCGUCGACGUGGUCGUGGGCACGCCCGGGCGCCUGAUCGACCUGAUCGAGCGCGGCACGCUGAGCCUGCAGGAGAUCCAGUUCAUGGUGCUGGACGAGGCGGAUCAGAUGCUGGCCGUUGGAUUCGAGGAGGAUGUGGAGCGGAUCAUGGAGAACUUGCCGGAAGGCGGGCGCAUUCAGAUGAGCCUGUUCUCGGCGACCAUGCCGUCUUGGGUCAAGAAGCUCAGCCGGAAGUACCUAACCAGCCCGCUUACAAUCGACCUGGUGGGCGAGCAGGAGGAGAAGCUCGCGGAGGGCAUUCGCCUGCUGUGCGUGCGCGCGCCCAAUGCAUCCAAGCGCUCCAUUCUCGUCGACCUCAUCACGGUCCACGCUAUGGGUGGCAAGACAAUUGUCUUCACGCAAACCAAGAAGGACGCGGACGAGGUCGCCAUGGCGCUGGGUCGCUCGGUGGGCUGUGAGGCGCUGCACGGGGACAUCCCCCAGCAGCAGAGGGAGCGCACGCUGCAGGCGUUCAGGGACGGACGAUUCGUGGUGCUGGUGGCGACUGAUGUGGCGGCGAGAGGGCUUGAUAUCCCCAACGUCGACCUGGUGAUUCACUACGAGAUCCCCAACGACCCUGAGACGUUUGUGCAUCGGUCGGGGCGAACGGGGCGAGCUGGCAAGACUGGAUGCACCAUCCUCAUGUACACUGACUCGCAGCUCCGGUCCCUGCGCAUGAUAGAGCGGGACAUCGGCUGCAAGUUUGAGAAGGCCUCCCCGCCCCACCCCGACGAUGUCCUUCAAGCCUCGGCCAACCAAUCCGCUGCCCUCAUCAACCGGGUCCACCCUGAACUCGCGGAGUCCUUCCUGGAAACUGCCGAGAAGCUUCUCGAGGAGCGCGGCCCGAUAGCGCUAGCUGCCGCGAUCGCCCACCUGAGCGGGUUCAGCCAGCCGCCCGCCGCCCGGUCGCUGCUGACGCACGAGGAGGGGUAUGUGACUGUGCGCGUGAUCCGCACGGCCAAGAGCCGCAACGGCCCGCUCAUCUCCCCACGCGCGGUCAUGGGGACUCUCGGGGAGAUCUGCCGCCGCGCUGCUGAUAAUGUUGGGAAGAUCAAGAUCCUGGGCGAGCGAGAUGUGGAGGGAGCCGUGUUUGACCUGCCAGAGGACGUGGCAAAGGAGUUGCUGAGCCUUAAGAUUGACAACGGCGACGUCUUUGACAUCCCGCGCCAGCUGCCCACGCUGGUGGAUGAUGAUGUGCGAGGAGGCAGGGACAGGGACAAUUACGGGCGGUUCGGAGCCAGGGGAGGGGACAGGGGGAGGGGCGGAGGCGACAGGUACUCUCGCGGAGGGGACAGGGACAGGGGAGGAAGAGGAGGCGACCGUGACAGGGGUUUCAGGCGCGAUGACGGCGGCAGGAGAGAGAGGUCUGGCAGCUGGGGUGACGUGGGUGACAGGCGCAGUAGCGGCGGCAGCAGGUUCGGUGGAGAUCGCGACCGAUUCUCCUCCCGGGAUCGCCGCCCGGCUGGCGGAGGGUUGGUCAACCGCCGCAAUUUCACCUCUGAUGCGUGGGAGAGUGAGGACAGUGAUGGAUACUACACCCCAUCCCCCUUGGAGCGCACGCGCAGCGCACCCGGCGGGUCGUAUGGUCGCGGGGGUGCGGGAGGAGGGUUUUCAGGGGUUUGCUUCUUGUGCAAGCAACCUGGGCACAGGGCGGCAGACUGUCCUGUGGUGGCUGGCCGGUAG